UUGGGGGGUUUUGAUCAGAGAGGCUGAAACUGAGCAUCUUAACCUGCUGGCACUUGUUCAGUGUGCAUUUCACAUGCAGAUGCACUGAAUGGUGAAAACUGGAUUGAACUUAUCAUUUGACCAUGCCAGCUGCUGGACACCGAUAAUGUUUGGAAUAAAAGCGAUACAUUGGAAGUAAGCGCGAUGUUUUGCUGUAGUGUCUCAGCCAAGCACUGAUAAAACAAAUAAUGCUACUGGACCAGCUGCGAAACUAUCAGAGGAACACUGUUAAACUUCAAUACAGGAAUAUACCGAACAAAUACAGACGAUCUCACUAACUGGAGCAGUUCCUUCGGUUUGAAUACUGGAUGUAAAUCUUUGACUUCGCCUCAGAAGACUAGAGGACCCUGCAGGAUAAGCAUCCACAUGCUACUGAGAGGAACAGAGACACGGGAGGAUGUCAACAGAGGCAGAACUUCAAGUCAGUGUCAAGAAGGAGUCCAGAAGACGAGGUCGGGAUCGCAGCGAGCAGGCCCUGAUUCAGCGCUUCAGGGGCGACGGCGUCAGUUACAAGGCCAAGCUGAUUGGGAUUGAUGAAGUGACGGCCACACGAGGAGACAAGCUGUGUCAGGACUCCAUGAUGAAGCUGAAGGGCAUUGCUGCUUCGGCCCGCUCAAAGGGGAACCACAAGCAGAGAAUUUUCUUGACUGUGUCUUUCGGUGGAAUCAAGAUUUAUGAUGAGCGAUCAGGGGUCUUACAGCACCAGCACUCUGUGCAUGAAAUCUCCUACAUUGCCAAAGACACAAGGGACCAUCGCGCCUUCGGCUACGUGUGCGGGAAAAAAGGCAACCACAAAUUUGUGGCAAUCAAGACCAGCCAUUCGGCGGAGCCAGUUAUACUGGACCUGCGUGACCUUUUCACCCUCGUCUAUGACAUCAAACAGAGGGAGGAGUCACAGGAAAAGGCUCAGAAGGACAAGCACUGUGAACAAGCCAUCUAUCAGACGAUUCUGGAAGAUGAAACUGAUGAUCCGGUGUAUCAGUACAUUGUGUUUGAAGCCGGACACGAGCCGCUCCGUGGCCACCAAUCAGAGGAGAGCAUUUACCAGGUCCCCACAAGUCAUCAGAAAGACGGGAUCUAUGACGUUCCAAAACACCAUCUUAUGAGUAAUAUAAACCAGUUUGAUAUUUUCGGUGACAUGGCCACCCCCCCAGACAUCCAUUCUAUGCCAGCGUCGCCUGCUACCGCACUGGAUCCUGGAAGAAGGCGACGUCAGCACCGCCCAGAACUCUUCACCCAUUUUAGCCCACCGGCUGUGCCCUCAGGUCGGGAUCGCAGCGAGCAGGCCCUGAUUCAGCGCUUCAGGGGCGACGGCGUCAGUUACAAGGCCAAGCUGAUUGGGAUUGAUGAAGUGACGGCCACACGAGGAGACAAGCUGUGUCAGGACUCCAUGAUGAAGCUGAAGGGCAUUGCUGCUUCGGCCCGCUCAAAGGGGAACCACAAGCAGAGAAUUUUCUUGACUGUGUCUUUCGGUGGAAUCAAGAUUUAUGAUGAGCGAUCAGGGGUCUUACAGCACCAGCACUCUGUGCAUGAAAUCUCCUACAUUGCCAAAGACACAAGGGACCAUCGCGCCUUCGGCUACGUGUGCGGGAAAAAAGGCAACCACAAAUUUGUGGCAAUCAAGACCAGCCAUUCGGCGGAGCCAGUUAUACUGGACCUGCGUGACCUUUUCACCCUCGUCUAUGACAUCAAACAGAGGGAGGAGUCACAGGAAAAGGCUCAGAAGGACAAGCACUGUGAACAAGCCAUCUAUCAGACGAUUCUGGAAGAUGAAACUGAUGAUCCGGUGUAUCAGUACAUUGUGUUUGAAGCCGGACACGAGCCGCUCCGUGGCCACCAAUCAGAGGAGAGCAUUUACCAGGUCCCCACAAGUCAUCAGAAAGACGGGAUCUAUGACGUUCCAAAACACCAUCUUAUGAGUAAUAUAAACCAGUUUGAUAUUUUCGGUGACAUGGCCACCCCCCCAGACAUCCAUUCUAUGCCAGCGUCGCCUGCUACCGCACUGGAUCCUGGAAGAAGGCGACGUCAGCACCGCCCAGAACUCUUCACCCAUUUUAGCCCACCGGCUGUGCCCUCAGGUUAUAUGACCAUGGGUCAUGCUCACUGGACCCAACAGUCGUUUGCUACCCAGGCUGCUCCGAUGGCUUUUGGGGUUCAGGGACCAUUGCAGGUUGCCCAGAUGCUUCCUGGAGGUCAGCCUGUGAUCUGGGGUCAGGCUAACCUCUUCCACUCUCCAGCCACGGGCCAGCAGCAAUGGGCGUUCGUACCAGCCCAGACAGUUGGCAUGGGGGCGCAUACGAUUCCAGCUGCAGUGCUUCAGGGUAUGGUCCCCAUAGCUGCCAUGCGCCCCCACUCCUGUGAACCUCCUGAGACUUCAUCAAACAUUAUAAGUCCUCAGCACUUUGUAGAUUCUACAGUACAGCAAAGUGGAUCUAAGCACGCCCUAAACAAGGACCCCCAGGAGGAAGCAAUAGCUGUUCACAUUUGCACAAGCAAACAUGAUGCCGAACUGCCCUCUGGGAAACAAGAAAUGGACUGCUGUGGUGAGCUUGAUCUUUCAGAGUUGAGAUUGACUUCAGGGUCAUCAAUAUCACCAUCCCCAUCUGAUUCUUGUGCUACUCCUGGUCUGGAGCAGGAAACCAUGUCCCCAGCAGCUGUCUCCUCAAUAGAAUCAUCGCUCCUGACUGCAAAAGACAGCUUAGUCAAUGUGCCAGAAGUUUUGGAGGCUUGUGCUCAAAUUCUUAGCACUGAUGAGAUACCACCAGAUGCUCAGAUAAACCUUCCAGACUCUUCACAGCUGGAUAUCCAAAGAGAGAUGUCGGAACACUGUUGGGAAUUGGGCUCCCUGUCCUAG